AUGGGCGAGUCUCCUCUACCAGAGCGAAUACCGCAAAAUUGGGUCGGGUUAAGGCGGCCAAUUGCGAUUAAGGUCAGCUUCGGAAGGUUCCUGCUUCCGGCGACUGUACUUCCUAAUGCUGUAGACAAUAGAGGCCAAGUAGGAGGCAAAAGCGAGCCCAGCAAUAACGCUGUAAGCAAUGACCCAGGCACUCCCCCGGUGGCCCGCGAGCUGCAGACCAAGCCCCCCAUUGAGAACACCGAGGAGCAUCAGGGAACGCCCGUACCAAACGUGGACAACUCCAAAGUGACCACGUCCCUCGUGUUUUGCGUAAUGCCGUGA